ACGCAUGCGUACUCUGGCCUGUCCCCUAGUUCAAGCUCCCUUCGGAGUCAGCGUCCCGAUCCUUGGGGUUGGGGAGGUGGAUGUAGUGUGGGGUAAAAGGAGCGCGUAAAAACAAACAAACAAACAAACAAAAAGCGGCGGGGGACGUUUGUGCCUCGUGAGCCCCCGUCGUGGCGGGCGUUUCGUGCCGCGCAGCCUGCUGGGAGUUGUAGUUCCAGGCCCAGGGGUGCCUGGGAGGCGGGAGAGGGGCUGGGGUUCCUUAGCGCCGAUUCCGCGGGAAGGGCCCCGGGACCUCACCCUGCUAGUCGCGGGAGCGGUGCGGCUCGCCCGGAGAGGCGCUGGACCUGGAGCCCGCGCCGCCGCCGUUCCCAGCCGGCUGUGGAAGCGCGGGCGAGGGCCACGGGACGGAUUCCGGAGCUGGACUGAACUUUUGAAAUUCUUCAACCAUGACUAAGAGAGAAGCAGAAGAACUGAUAGAAAUUGAGAUCGAUGGAACUGAAAAAGCAGAGUGCACAGAAGAAAGCAUUGUGGAACAGACCUAUACCCCAGCUGAAUGUGUAAGCCAGGCCAUAGACAUCAACGAACCAAUAGGCAAUUUAAAGAAACUACUAGAACCAAGACUUCAGUGUUCUUUGGAUGCUCAUGAAAUUUGCCUGCAAGAUAUUCAGCUGGAUCCAGACCGAAGCUUGUUUGAUCAAGGAGUGAAAACAGAUGGGACUGUACAGCUUAGUGUACAGGUAAUUUCUUACCAAGGAAUCGAGCCAAAGUUAAACAUUCUUGAAAUUGUUAAGACUGCGGAAACAGUCGAAGUGGUCAUUGAUCCGGAUGCCCACCACGCAGAAGCAGAAGCACAUCUCGUUGAAGAAGCCCAAGUGAUAACUCUUGAUGGCACCAAGCAUAUUACAACCAUUUCAGAUGAGACCUCGGAGCAGGUGACAAGAUGGGCCGCUGCACUGGAAGGCUACAGGAAGGAGCAGGAGCGCCUUGGCAUCCCCUAUGAUCCUAUACAGUGGUCCACAGACCAAGUCCUGCAUUGGGUGGUUUGGGUAAUGAAGGAGUUCAGCAUGACUGAUAUAGACCUCACCACACUCAACAUUUCGGGAAGAGAAUUAUGUAGUCUCAACCAAGAAGAUUUUUUUCAGCGGGUCCCUCGGGGAGAGAUCCUCUGGAGUCAUCUGGAGCUUCUGCGGAAAUAUGUUUUGGCAAGCCAAGAGCAACAGAUGAAUGAGAUAGUUACAAUUGACCAGCCUGUGCAAAUUAUUCCAGCAUCAGUGCCUUCCGCUACACCGACUACAAUUAAAGUUAUAAACAGUAGUGCAAAGGCGGCUAAAGUACAAAGAUCCCCAAGGAUUUCAGGAGAAGAUAGAAGUUCACCGGGGAACAGAACAGGAAACAAUGGUCAGAUCCAACUAUGGCAGUUUUUGCUAGAACUUCUUACUGACAAGGAUGCUCGAGACUGUAUUUCUUGGGUUGGUGAUGAAGGUGAAUUUAAGCUAAAUCAGCCUGAAUUGGUUGCGCAAAAAUGGGGACAACGUAAGAACAAGCCUACCAUGAACUAUGAGAAACUUAGCCGUGCAUUACGGUAUUAUUAUGAUGGGGACAUGAUUUGUAAAGUUCAAGGCAAGAGAUUUGUGUACAAAUUUGUUUGUGACUUGAAGACUCUUAUUGGAUACAGUGCAGCAGAACUGAACCGCUUGGUCACAGAAUGUGAACAGAAGAAACUUGCAAAGAUGCAGCUGCAUGGAAUUGCCCAGCCAGUCACAGCAGUAGCACUGGCAGCCGCCUCUCUACAGGCAGACAAAGACAAUUGAGACCCAGGACCUCCUGGGGAGUCUUAAGGUUUUUCUUAAAUAUUUAGAGCAAGCUUUGCUCUAACCUUUAUUACUGAAUUUGAAUCGUAUUUCUAGAGUGUACAAUCUGAUGCAUGAUUUUUUUAUAAAUAUUUCAUACUCUUGUGAAUUUGGAUCUUUUUACGUUGAGCUAUAUUUUAGAAUAUGUUAAAGGAUUACCACGAUGCCUGCAGUGUGAGAGCAGGUUCAUCGGGGGUAGUUGGCUAACAGUCAGGAAAGCUACACUGGUCAGUAUUAAUGUCUAGCCCUACCAAAAAAUAGCCAGUAGUGUCUGAAGAAUGAAAGGCGGGAAGAAUUUCCAGGAGACAGCCUGGGGUAGCCACUGUGGGCGGGCGUGGAGCUGUUUCCUCUCCGCCGCUUUACACAGAGCCUGAGAAGGGAGACUCUCAGCUAAAGCAUGUGUGCCUGUUUCAUCUAAUCAAGCAGAGCUAAACAGUCCUAUCAAUACAGUUAUGUUGGUAAUUACUAAACUAUCAGGUUAUUAAUUUAUAUAUUUGCAAGAAAAAAGUAAGUUAACUGGCAGAAGAAAGUGUUGAAUGAGACCCAAGUUUAAAGCUGGCUUAACUCAAACCACUAUUAAUGGUUUUCUGUAUAGAUUAUUCAUUAUGUCAAGCCAAGGACUUAAAUUAUUUUGAGAGAGACAUUUAAUUCUAAUAAACCAGCUAUUGCAAAAAUUCCAAAAUGAUAUCAUUCUUUCUCUCAGAUUUUAAAAAGUAUACCUCAGAAAGAAAAAAUUGGUUUAGUUUUGACUUCCUCUUUUUUUAAAAUUAAACCAGAUUAUUAUGCAACACCAUUUAUAUAUUCCCUUCUGUGUUUCUGAUAAAAUGAAGACUUUAGAUCAGACGACGUGUUUAACGUUUGAAGUAAGUUCCUUGUGAGUAGUUAUGAAAGGGUAUUUGGGCUCUGUAGGCGAUCUUCUUUAAAUAAAGUUUCCCACUUGUUUCAUUUUUUUUCUCUUGAAUAUUGCAUAUAUGACUCUUAAAAAAUACUGUACACAUGACUAGCUAACCAUUUCUACAUAUAUGAAGACAGAUAUUCAAGGGGAGAUUAAUAUUUCUAAAAUUUUUAAAUCUUACAUGAAAUGCCUUACUGCUUGCUAACACUAAGAAGAAAUGACUAAAAAAAAUUUCUUCAUUUAUUUUAAAGUAUUAUCCAUGAAUCAUGAUAUGAGAGAUUAGCAUAUAGUUUUCAUAGCAGGAAUUCCUCAGAACAGGAUAAAGACUACUUUAUAUACACCUCUCUCAUUUGUUUUUCUUUCAAUUCAUUCCCCAAAUUGGCUUUAGAGAGUUUGAGGAGAGAAAGCACAUGCAGUGCAGCCUGCUGGUGCAGCCAGGACUGAGUGCUGGCUUGGAGUGUUAGGGAGAAGAGAGAAGGGUUGCUUACCUCCUACAUCAUGACUUCCAGUGCCAGGCUGUCAGACUUCAACAAGGGUUGAUAGUUUCUUUAUAUUAAGUCCUUUAAGAUUAUACAAUAAAUAGUUAAAAAGAGUAAAAUCCUAUUUUUUUAUUUUUGCUCUUUGUUAUUAUAAACAACAGUAGGUGGGCAAAUUAUUAGUACAGUUUGGUCACCAUGAAUUGAAGGAUGUAGAGUAUAAGAAUAAUCUCUAGGCCCUGACUUCAGACAGCAAAUAAGCCUGGGAACCAUAAGUCACUGCUUCAGAACAGGGCAUUGCCGGAGUGCAUCCAGAGCUUGAGAAGCUCAGACUUAACAGUGUUUUGGAGACAUUAUGUUAAAGCUUUAGCCAAGAGGACAGACUUUGUGUAUCAUUCGGAGAAAUGUGUUUUUAAGGAAAGGAACAUUUAUAUUUGUUCUAGGUUCCUACAAUCAAGUUAAACAUUUCCAAAUGCUUAACAAAACAAAACAAAACAGAAAAACCUCAUUCUGUAGAUUUCCUUGUUUGGAAGCUGUUGGGUUAGUUGUGAUUUGAGCACAGUUCUCAGACAUUAGGUCUCUUCACCUCCUGCGUCCUCCAUGCACCUUCACACAGGGAAGGAGAGGGGCUCCUAACUUGAGCUUUAUCACUCUGGCUCCACUUAGAGUUCAAAGAUUUGUUGUUCUUAUUGAGGCCCCAGUUUGCUAUCAUCUAUUAAAAUAACUCAUGUUAUAAAAGAAUGUUAACUCGUGGUAAUCCUUGCUCAGUCUUGAGGUGCAUUUUUCAUAGAACCUAAGAUACAGUUAAAUAAAAAGAACAGAAAAUGGUGUGACCAUCUUUUGUACCUUAUAAGUUCAAGAAUAAUGAAAUGUUCCUGUUGUUAGAAAGUGAGUUUUCCAUGUGAUGUUUACAUUGAGCUUAUUUAUACUUGUGCUAGCCUGAAGCCCGAGCGUUGGUGCUGGCAUUGGAAGGUGCAGCCAGUUAGGCAGAAGUGCUGGCUGUGGCCGAGCUCCUCAUGAUGAGUUAGCCAACUGCAUUCUCAUUUUAGUGUUGAUCCAUGUAAAUAAAGUAGGAAAAAUUAUUCAGUUUUUCUCCCCAGAUAAACAGUGAUGCUGGAGUAUGGUUAUUUCUUUUAAAGAGUACGUCCAAAUAUUUUUGGCAAGUUCUGUCAUUUUCUGCAUUUGCCAUUUAUGCUACUGCCUUUUAUAAAGAACUAGUGUAUCCUUGAAAUAGCACAAAAAUGUUUUAAAAUUUAUAAUUGCAAAACAAACCUGUGACUGACUUAAUGUCUUCAGAUCUAAAGGCUAUAAAAAAAAAAUGUUGAUAUUCAAUAUUUCACUUACUCCCAAGAAAAAAUACUCUUGAGUCUUUUGUAGAAGGGAGGAGAAUUUUUGCAUACAUUUUUACUCUUUAAAUAAAGACACUUAUACUAUCAUAAUAACAAUUAUGUAUUUCUUUGUUUUUUUGUAAUUUUACAUAAAACAGUUAUUUUCUAUUUUU